CUAAAACAGAAAUGAUGAGUGAUGCUGUAUUAUUGAUAGAUGAUGACUACAGAUGUUGUAGAAUAUGCCAUGAACACGAUUUCCAAAUCUUGGAAUCGCCUUGUCAUUGUUCUGGAACACUCAAGUUUGCGCACAGAGAUUGCAUACAGAGAUGGUGUGAUGAAAAGGGCAAUACUACUUGUGAAAUUUGCUUACAGAAAUUUAAACCUGGUUACACUGCUCCAGCCAAGAAGCUGCACACAGCAGCAACCAUAAGUUUGUUUGUUGCAAUAAACGAGCCAGAAAUGGAGAGCACAGAAGAAAUUCUUGAAUCUGACUGCACCAGAUGUAUUUCAGCAGUUGAAAUUAGAUGGUUGGCUCUGGUCUUCACCAUUCUGCUUCUCGCGAAGAAUUUGCUUGAUAUAAUAAGUGGAGGAUCACAAGGCUACCCAUUUUCACUCGUUACCGUGUUUAUAGUUAGGGCCACGGGCAUAAUUGUUCCAAUCUACAUUCUAUUUCGGAUUACAGCAGCAAUCCACAACAGCAUCAAUAAUUCAGUAUCCCAACCCAUACAUAGUGAGGUCUAGCAAUGGAGACGGUCAAGACGAGGAAGGUAUAGAUGGGGAUGAUAAUGUAUAGACAAAACACGCUGUAUCUAUUCACAAGAAAAAUUGGAAAGAAAGAAAAAAGGAACGUUUUUACCUUUCUUAUAUUGAAAAUGAUAUCAGUUGGUUAGCAGUAGAUAAGGAAAAUGAAAGGCUACCAAAAAUUUAAAAAUGGGGCUUGCAAUGCAAGUUAUUUAAA